ACGUAAGGUACAUCCCUGAGCCGGGGUCCUGGCAGUGGACAGCUCUCGCGACUCCCUCGUUCAGGCUUCCAGACGGGUCGCAAGCUCACUACUUACACUACGCUUCCCUCCUGUUUACUUUUUCAACCAUGGCGACGCAGCCGCAACCGACCAAGGGCACAGACACAGAACCACGCCCCUCGCAGCUUAGCAACCCGCAAAGCCAAAGCUCCCAAGCUCCUACGACCACAGAUGGGUCCAUGUCGGCUCCCGAAUCGGCCUCAGUAUCGCAAGCAGGCCCUACGGCGACACCGAAAAAGACCCCCAAGCAGGACACCUUCGAAAGCGGCGGCAAUGAUGACGAUGACGACAACGACAAUGUGGAGCUCUCUCGAGCUUCCAUCGACAUGGAUGACAUACCAAUAGAGCUUGUCAGCAAGAUAGACAACUUCAUCGACUCGCUGUCUGCCAAGGUCCACCCCACGCCCCCCAAUAUGGACAACCUAUCGAGGAAAUUUCAAGACUUUUACGAGCUGGCUUCAGGGCUCAUAGAAACACAUAUACGCAGCCUCGCAACGAGACAGAACAGAGAGAACGCUCCGGUACGGGCGACAACCCAUAGGACGACGUCGGCCGCGAGCAUAUUAAGGGCGCGUGCCGCAGCAUCACUUGGUGGCAAGGACAAGACGAAGCCGCCCGCAGCCCCAGAGCCGGAGCAGCAGAUGGUCACGGCCGAAGAGUUGGCGGAUCGAAAGAGGGCCAAGAAAGCCCUCGAGCAGAAAAAGGUGUUGCUGCAAGAGGGCGUAGAGCGAAGAUUAUGCGAGGGCAUCUACGACAGGAUAUAUCGGCACAGAUCUACCCAGGACGAGGCGCAGGACGAUAAGCUUCGAUCCAAGACGGCUGCCCUCGCCCUCGUGGGCAUCGGCCCUGUGGACCUGAGCAUUGAUCUCGGCGAGCUUGGUGACAACCCGGAGGAUCUGCAGAAGAGAAUAGGCGAGAUACGGCAGCACCUCUCGCAGGCUCGCAAGGAUCUUGUCACCAUGCACGAAAAGCGAUAUCCCCUAGGCAAGCUGAACCAUCUCAAGGCCGCGCAUAAGAGCAUUGUCGACACUCUGGCGCAGUUUCAUCCUUCUUCGUCUGCAGACGAGAUAAUGCCAAUGCUUAUAUACACUCUGAUCACGAUGCCCCCAGAGGCGCUCAACGUGAUCAGCGACCUCCGAUUUAUACAGCGCUUUCGAUGGGAGGAGAAGAUAGAGGGAGAGGCGGCAUACUGCUUGACCAAUCUCGAAGCUGCCAUAACGUUCCUCGAAAACGUAGACCUGGCCAGUCUGCGAGCCGACGAGACCGCGGCUGGCCCGCCAAAGAGUGAGACGCCGGGCGUCCUCGCAAGGACCGAGACCUUCCCGCCGGCAUAUACGCCAGGCAUCUCUGCGAAUGUCGCCAGCGCGGCGGCGGUGACGUCCGAGUCAGUCGACGGCUCAAAGCCUGUCUCGACGAUACAGCGCCGGAGGCUGAGCAACCUGAUCCAGACGCCAGCGACCGCGUUUGGCACCGCCAGUGACACUCUCUUCAACACGGCCGACCAAGGAUUCAAGACGAUCGGUAGCAGUCUUGGUGACAGCUACAAGUUCCUGCUUGGCAAACUGAGAGAUACUUCAGCGAGCGGCCGCGAGCUGAUCAUGCCGCGAACGCUCGACGAGGCCAGGAAGCUCAUCGGAACACCUCCGCCAGACGACGACGUGGCCGAGGAGGACCCGCGGGGAAGCCGCCGUCCUUCGGUGCGCGAAGACCGGGUCCUCUCGCUUGUGGGCGGCAAGAAGCCCGCCCGCGAGCACAGCCAAGAGAGCGUCCGGAGCGCCAGGAGCGUGAGCAGCUCCAAGAAGGUAUUCUUUGCAGACGAGGGCAAGGAGAAGACGACUGCGCCUGCCGCUGCCGCGACCCCUCCGGUGGCCAGCAGCUCACCAGCAGCGGCGUCGAACCCGGCCUUGGUCGAGUCCAUGCGGAAUCUCGGCAACUCGCUCAACCCAAUGAACCGUAUCGCGAGCAUGAGCAUGAUGCGCGGCUUCGGCCGGCCGGCCACGACUCCCGUGACACCACCAGUAAAAGACGCGCCCGCCACCACCGCCGCCGCCGCCGCCGCCGCCGCCGCCGCCGCAACCGCACCCACCACCGGUUCCAAAGCCGCGGAUGGCGGCGAUCUCGCCACAGUAAGUCCCCAUUCUCACACACAUUUUGUUCACCCAUGGUACACCCUGCCCAAACCCCCGCUAACGCCGUAUGUGUUUCUUCUUCUCCUCCCCCUUUUGUGCAGGCAUUCCCGGACCUAGCAGCUGCCCUGCCGCCCAAAGACAUACCAAAGAUCAAGCCCCCGAACAAGCGGUUCAUGGAGCUGCAGAACCCAGGCGAGAUCAAGCUCGGCGAGGUCCUCGAGCUGCUCCGUGACUACAGGCGGCUCGCCGGCGCGCUCAAGGACAUGGGAGCUUUCCAGGAGUGAAUUUGUUGGGGGAGGGGGGGGGAGCGAGUGUUCA